UCACUAGGUGGCGACUGUAUCUGACAGUCACCGGGAUCGGGUUGAUCAGGCGACUUGUGCUAAGUUUUAUCGUUUACCACAUGUUGAUUAAUUAAAUAGAAGUACAAUAUCGUGGCCGAAAUUAUUAUUUGGGGCUACCGUCGUUCGUUUCCUCGCUCUGUCAACGCUGAAAUCCCACGAAGUGCGAUUCACUGCGUGAAGAGUUACGGAGAGUUACGUCACGCGCUGGCAAGAUAUCGUGUGUCGAGCAGACCGUGGUCCCCCGUACGUCUCCUCGAAUACAAAGUGUUCCUGCUUUUCUUUUUGCUUGCAAUUCCCGUGUCUGUCAAAAUUCGAAAGUCACGCACGCGCUAGACAUUCGCGGACGGGUGUUUAGAUUUAGCUACAAGCACUGGCGCAUAACCUAUAAGCGUGGAUCGUGAUACGAGAACCGAUCGUGAAUGUUGGUAGUUGUUGCAGCCAGCACCUCCUGUCAAUCAUUCACCUGGGGUCGGGAAAGAUUUGAAAACUGAAAUCUCGGACGAGGGAGUUACGUUUAAGAAACGAGAAAAAGAGACCGUCGGUAUCUCCCUGCGCUGGGAUUAUUCGAUUAAAAAAUAAUUUUUUAACGUUAAGUAGUCACCGGGAAAUUAGUCAAAAUUCCGGUCCCCACUAGGAAACGAGAAGGUCCGCAACAAACCGGCGGCAGAAACCCACUAACCACUGGCGAAGAAUCCUCGUCGAGUGGAAAAAUGAAUAACAAAAGAAAGAAUCGUUCAAAUACAAACAGAUCACCACGUGCCCGUGGUCCGCAAGAAAGAUGCGUUGCUGCUGAAGGUGUAUAUAACAAUGCCCAUUUUAUGCAUGCAAUAACCAGUCAUGUUGGCAAUAUUGUACAGAUUCAAACGUUGAACGGUUCAAUAUAUGAAGGUAUUUUUCGCACCUUCUCGAGUCAAUUUGAUGUUGUCUUAGAAAUGGCACAUCGCGUGGAAGGCUCUGGAAAAAUUAGUGUAGAAAGUGUAGUAGAGAAAUUAAUUUUUAAACCACAAGAUAUUAUUACUAUGUCUGCCAAGGAUGUUGAUUUAGAUUAUGCUAUACGUGAUACAUUUAGGACAGACACUGUUAUUAGUAAAUAUAAUGGCUUAAUUGGUGAAAAAGAAUUGGAACCGUGGGAUGCUCCUCCUGCUACUAUGAAUGGAGAUGAUUUAAAAUUAGAUGGAACGACAAAUGGAUGGGAUGCCAAUGACAUGUUCCGCAAAAAUGAACAAAAAUAUGGCGUUCAAACGACAUAUGAACCAACUUUGGCCGCUUAUACAUUACCACUUCAAAGAAAAGAUACAAAAGAUUACAAGGAACAAGAACAAAAGGCUGCAGAAAUUGCAAAUGAAAUAGAGUCACAACCAAAUUAUAAAGCAAGAUUAGAAUUGGAAAAUGGUGAUGAAGAGGAAAGAUUUGCAGCUGUGGUAAGACCUACCGAAGGUAAAUAUAUUCCACCUCCGCUGAAGAAGAAAAAUGGAAAUAAUGCAAAGCUGAUGAGAUCUAGUGACCCACCACCUUCACCAGGGCCUGCGACCGCUAAUAAAAAUGUGUUUAAUCAACAAUCUCCGUCCAAUGUAAAUGUGAACAUUCCGCCAAAUUCGAAUCUCCCUAUUGGAAUGCAAAGUGCUCAUCCUUCGGUACAACAUCCGGUAUCAUUAAACAUAGGAAUGCCACCUACUGGAGUAGUGGUUACAUAUAACAAUCCUCCACCACCAUUUGUGCCUCCGCCAGCAACACAACCACCACCGCCAGUACCUGUGAUUCAACAAUCACAACCACAGUCUCAAGCAACACCUUCUGUACCACAAGUCAGUUUCCCGCCACAACAGCAACAACAAACACCAUCAUCUAAAAUAAAUACAGAAAAACGUGAACGGCCUGGCAGGCAACAGGUGUAUCAAGCAGAUAAAGCACCUCCAGCACCAUUCCCACAAACAAAUGUUGCUAGCUCUCACCAACAGCAACAAUCAUCACAUCAACAGCAUGGGCAAUUACCACAGCAAAAUUCAGUUGAAGGACAACGAUGUGAGAUAGUUCCACAUAAAUCAGAUCACAGAAAGGUGCCAACACCACGUAGUAGAGAAGAACAACAUUCAGAACUGAGGCAAUUUGCUUCAGAUUUCAAGUUAACAGAAACUCCAGCACAAGAUACACCACCUGCUACCAGAAAGCAACAGCAGCAUCAACAUCAACAAGAUACUCAUUCUUCACCUCAAAUUACUCAGACACAUCACCAAUCUACUCAUCAACAUACAACAUCGCAACAGUCACAACAGCAACCACCACCACCGCCGCCACCACAACAACAACAACAGCAACCAUCACCACAACCACAACAACAACAACAACAGCAACAUUCAAAUCCUCCUCCACAACAGCAACAGCAACAACAACAGUCACAUCAAAAUCAAACUGUUCCAGAAGAAUCUGUAGUUACUACUAAACCACCCCCAGGUCCAUUACCUUUGCGACCUACAAGUCCUCCUCAGUCACAACAACAACAAAAUACUUCUACAAACACACCCACUGUAACCCAAGCUCCGCAAGAAGCUACUGUCGAUAAAAUUACGACGGCUCUUAAAAAGUCAACAUUAAAUCCAAAUGCUAAAGAAUUCAAUCCAAAUACCAAAGCUUUCACACCGCGAUCCCCAAGUACACCGACACCAAGUAGACCACACACUCCACAAACACCUCAAUAUACUGGAACGACUAUGCCUGCGACUGUAGUAAUGCCAGCAUAUGUAAUGACCAGUCAGCCACCAACUGCAUUCAGUCAACCACCGGCUCAGCCUAUGACAAGGUUCCGGAAGGGUCAGUAUCUAGUACCAGUAAUGCAUGCGCAACAUCGUGCGCAGGAUAUAGCUUCCCAAAUGCAAGUAGUAGCGGCAACUGGACAGCCUUUAAUGGCACCCGCUCCUCUACACCCGCCAUUCCAGGUGCCUUAUCCUGGGCAGCCAGCUUAUCAACAGAUGGUACGCAUGGUUCAGGCACCACCACCACCGCCACAUAUGGCAACACCUUAUCAUCAUCAUGACUCACCAGGACCGCAGGCUCCUGGUAUUCAAUACAUGGGCCCACAUACACAUCCACACCCUCAUGUUGCUCAACAACCACCAAGUCAAACUCCCUCUCCAGCUAAUCCUAAUCCACCACAUACACCAGGCACUUAUAAUCCUCCUGGUACUCCACAACCCACAUAUCCUCCACCACCUCCUCAAGGCCAUGCUCCAAGUUAUCCAAUAAUGUGUCCUAUAAUUCCUCCUCAUAUACCGAUACCACCGCAGCACAUGCAAUAUCUACCGCCGCAGCCACCUCCAGGAGCGCAGCAAACUAUACCAGUGAUUUUGCCGCACAAUCAGUAGCUGCAAUCAGAAAUGGAUGAAGGAAGAGAGAACUACUAGUAUUCUGCAGAAGUAGAAUAAAGUUUAUAAAUUUAAGUUACUUUCACGAUGGCGUUAGGCACUUGAAAUGACUUUCCUGCUUGUCAUAUACAUAUAUCUUCAAUAAGCAAUCUUCAUUUUUCUUCCUCUUCUUUUUUUUCCUCUUCUUUAAUAGCAAGAUCAUUCCAGACAAAGUAAUACGUGUUUUACUUAAUUCAAAUAAUAAUAGCAAUUUUUAUAAAAGAGAAAAAUUUAUAGAAUCGUAGUAACGUGAAAUAAAGUGCUGAUCAUCUUGAAAGUGACUUUAAAGUGGGUUAGUUAAUUCCAGAAGACCCAUGAUAAUAUUUAGUCCCUCAACGUGUAUUUUAAUUUUAAUUCUGCGAGACAGAUGCAAUACCACCAUGUACUGCUAUGUUAUUAAUUUACACAAUGCUACAGGACAAACACAGACAACAAGAAAACAGACACAAACAAAGAAACGUAAAGAAAAUUGGCAAACAAAGAAACGUAAUUCGAAAUUGCAUUAUAGGUGGUGCCUAUAUAUAUAUUAGGAAAUAAAAGAAACGAGGGACAGUGACUAUAAAAUACUGCAAGAAAUAUUAAAAAUUAAAGAAAUUUCAUUUUUGAUUAUCAUAGCUCGUACCACUUUGUAAACAAUUUUAUUAAGCCAAAAUUCAAUAUGGUAAGGUUGAUGACAGAGAAGAGCUAUUCAAUAGUCUGAUGAUAUUGUAUCUUUGAAGAUUUGAGUACUCAAAAACAGAGUAAUUGUGAACAUCACGCGAGUAAACACUUUUUUUUAUAUAAAAUAAUUAUUGGAAUAAUGUAAAAAAAACAUAUAGAACAUAUGAACAUAUUUUUCUGCUCGCGCUUUCAUAUUUGAUAUCCUACUGCAGUAAGGAAGCACAGGAACAGGUCGAGACAACAGUUCGAAAUUUAAUUAAAUUGCGUUCAAUUACAUAAAGUUAAAUAACACGAUAUCAAAAUAAUUGAGAUUAAGUUUCAAAUUUUGCAAUUUGUUGAUGAUGGAUUUUGUUAUAAGAUGCUAAUACAUAAGAUCCUCAAAGCAAAGAGUAAAUUGAAUUAGAGAAAAAAUAUAUGAGGAAAUGGGUCUGACAAGUAAUGUUCCAAACGACUCGACAGACGUUUCUGUCGUGUUAGAAAAGCAUCUGUAUAUAUAAAGAGGUACAAGCAUAUUAGAUUUUGUUUAGUGAUUUACAGUAUAAAAACUCCAAUAUUAUUUAUGAAUUUUAUAUUUGUAUUGAAACAGAUGAAAGCCAAACUAGAGAUUUAAAGUGAUACAGUAGGGAACGUUGCAUUAAUUGCAAUUCAAUUUUAUCAAAUUUCCUUUUUUUCAAGCUUAAUUUAGAUAAGUAUUAUGUAAUGUCUUUAUACACGAUUGAUUUUUAUUAUAGAUUGUAUUACAAAUUAAAAGAAAAAGAAAAAGAUAUUGAAAUUUGUAGAGAAAAAGUAAUAAUGAUAUUUUACUGUCCAAUAAAUCGAAGAAUUUAUUACUUUGAAUGUUUAGAAUUGUCACUACAAUGAAAUCGAUUGUGUACCUCUUGUGUAUAAACAAACACUGUCAGAUGCUAUGGUAUUGAAAAAAAAAAAUUGAAUUACGGCCUUAGACCUAGUCGUGUACAUAAAAGAAAUGAAGGCAAGGAUGAUCCUUAUCUGAGAUAGUUGAAUGUGUGGCAUCGUUAGACACAAAUUUUAUAUGGAAAAGAUUUAAAAAAAAAAAACAUCAAAAUAAACUCAAUGCGUUAAAAACCAA